AUGUUCUCAAGUCCAACCCCUGCUUCGGGCAGUCGCAGCUUAGCGGCCAACGCUCUUCGCGGUGCGGGCCUCAUCGACCGCGACGAACGCAUGCGGGAUGCCUCAGACAAGCCAGGCGGUCGCAAGGGUCACAACAAAACACACAAAGCUCGCUCCUCCCACCGUUCCCGCCCGAUCGACGCACUGACUGGUAAAGACCAGCCCGGUACUUCUGUUAAUUCCCGAACAGCCAUGCUCGCCUCACGGCUGGCUGCAGGUGAUUCAUUAGCGAUACGCGGUGCUGCGAAGGGACCACUGGGCCGUUUACGCAGGAACGCUGUCUCCAGUGCCGAUGCCGCCCCUGUUGAACGAAAGCUCUUGGAUCUUAUGAAAGAAUUCGUGAAUAGGAGAUGGAAUUCUGAAGCAAGAUUUCUGGAUCUUGAGCGAAUAACCAAAGAUGAGUUUGUGCAGAAGACCAGAAUUAUCAAGGGGCCACUCAAUAACGCAAUCAAGGAAUUUUCCGUUAUUUUUAAGAUGGCGUCGCUUCUAUCUCCACCAGUUGAAACAGUAUCUUUGGCUGGCAAUGAUCUCGCCAACAGCGCUAUUCUCUCGAGGCUAUCCCAUUUCCUCCCCAAACUAGCCAACUUAUCGCUUCAAGGUAACAAGUUCAUCUCGUGGAAGGACUUGGAUUCCAUUUCCGGGAAGAGGGGCAGGUUACAGCAAUUGCGCGAGCUUAUAUUACUUGACAAUCCAGUUCGUGACAUCGAGUAUAAGAAUGGCCGCAUUGAUCGCUAUAAGAGUGAGAUAGCGAGACGGUUCCCGUCACUCGAAAUUCUGGACUUGGAGGCAAUUCCUAAAAUUGCCUUCGACGCACCACAUGCUGCAUCCACGUCGACUUCGACCUCUGUGCAGUCGGCGGCCACCACAUUUCCCGCCAAUAUGGGACCAUCGUUUAUUACUGGAGUGGAUAGUGGUGUUGUCAGCAAUUUCUUCAUGAGAUAUUUCCCUCUGUUUGAUAAUCAGCGUGCGGCGUUAAUGGACGUAUACCACCCUGAUGCGACCUUUUCAUUUUCAGCAAAUACUGCUAUCCCUGCUCGAGCACGCAUAGAAGGCUACCAUUAUUCGAAAGACAUGCCGAAUCAAAAGAAGCUGGAAUGGACGCCAUGGCUCUCUGGUGGACAUGGAGGCUCCCGCAAUUUGAAUAGGAUGGGUGGAGGCAUCGAGAAGAUGACGAAGACGCUACAUGUAGGGCACGAAGCGGCAGUGAGGGCUAUGGCUGACUUGCCCAGCACCAAACAUGAUGUAGCCGGGGCUCCAGAUAAAUUUUGCAUCGAUGCGUGGCCCAUCCAACAAGGGGAUUCGGCCCAGCUGUUUAUCACGGUGCACGGACAGUUUAUUGAGGAGCCUUCGCAAGGUGUUCGCUCCUUUGAUCGUUCAUUCAUCUUGGCCCCUGCAGCCGACGACUCACGCGCAAAGCAAAAUGGCUGGAACGUCACCAUUCUUUCCGAUCAGUUGGUCGUCCGAGCGUAUUCCAGCCAUGAGGCCUGGCAACCCGGUCCGAUGCGCGUGCAAGCGGGCGAACCAUUGCCCUCUGUAUCGGCGGGCCCACCGAUAACUCCGCAGAAUCAGGUAGAAGCGUUGGCGGCAAUCCCGGAGCCACAGCGAUCGCUGGUCGUGCAGAUCUGCCAGCGGACGGGUCUUAAUGUCAAGUUCGCAUUGGAUUGUUUGCAGGGUAACGCAUGGGAUGUCGAACGCGCAGUUGCAAAUUUCGAGCAAGUGAAGAGCACUCUCUCCCAAGAUGCGUUCAUAUAG